AUUCCGACACGGGGAAUCGAACCCCGGGCUAUCGCGAAACAUACUUUAUGAGAGGCGAUAAUCUAACAUUUGCACUUUAAUAAAUUAUCCCACCUCGCAUAUGGUUAAUACAUUUCCACAGUCCACUACUACAUGGUGCUUCUACGUUUUGCCCCGUCGCCCACAGGGCCCCUGCAUCUUGGGGGGCUUCGUAUGGCGCUGUACAACUACUUGUACGCGCGGAAGUUUGGGGGGAAAUGGAUAUUAAGGAUUGAGGACACGGAUACUACCCGUUCAGUCCCUGGAUCUGUGGAAGGUAUCAGAAAGGCUCUUAGCUGGGCUGGGCUGGAUUAUGACUACGGUCCAGAAAAAGAGGGGCCGCAUGGACCUUAUUUCCAAUCAGAACGACGCGACUUGUAUCGCUUAUAUGCGAACAAACUGAUAGAUAAAGGGCAGGCUUAUCGAUGUUUCUGCUCAGCAGACGAAUUAGCAGACGUGAAAACGCGUCUAGCUCGAUCUGGGUCCAACAAUACCUACGACAAGAGGUGUCUUCACCUCAGUGACGAGGAAGUUGCGCGGAAAGUGAAGGCUGGGGAAAAGUUUGUUGUGAGGAUUAAUGACGGAAUAAUUCCUACGCGUCCUCCAACUCACGAUAUCGUUUACGGUUAUGUGCGAGAUGCUCAUCUUUCCUUAGCUACAGACCCAGUAUUGUUGAAGAGCGACCUAUUUCCGACUUACCACCUUGCCUCAGUCGUGGACGAUCAUGAAAUGGGUAUCACGCAUGUUUUACGAGGAGAGGAAUGGCUCCCAUCGCUGCCACUACAUCUCGACCUAUACACCCACCUCAACCUUACUCCACCUCAAUUCGCUCAUAUACCUAUUCUAUUGAAUCCUGACAGGACGAAGAUGUCGAAGAGGAGUGGAGAUGUACAGGUUGUGGAUUACAUGCAUCGAGGCUGGGAGCCACAAGCUAUAUUGAAUUGGCUCGCUCUUGCAGGCUGGGGUGCCAAACAUGAAGCUACUGCACCCAUAACCGAUGGGUCCGACACAGAUUCUUCUUCGUCCUCACGACCAUCAUCACCUCAUCGUCUCGAAGACGCACCCGACAGCACUCACCUUAUGACAAUAGACGAGAUGAUCUCAGACUUUGAUCUCUCUGCACUCACACAUCGCAGUUCCGUCCUUGAUGGAACUAAGCUCGAAUAUAUCAACAAACAUCAUUUGAUGAGGACUUGGAGCACCCCAGAGGGCUUGGAUAAGCUCGCGAACCGAGUGCAUGGGCAUCUUAAGGAUGCCUUCAAGUCGAGCCCGUAUACUACGGUGGAUAAUAUCAAGAACGCUAUUACUUUGCUCGAGGGCCGACUAACGAAUAUCUACGACAUCCCUCUCCACGCACCCUACCUCUUCGUCGACCCAGACUGGGCCACGGCAGAGGCUCAAAACAUGAUCCGAAAAGUCUCCGCAGACCAACGCAUCCAAAUACUCGACGUGUUCAUCACACUCAUACAAACCAACGGAUGGUUUACGUUCCAAGCUGCGUCUCAUGAAAGCAUCAUGGAGAGCUUACAUCACGAACGGGAGAAACUUGACGUGCAUCUCAAGGUGUUUAUGAGUGUGUUGAGGCAUGCGUUGACUGGGAUGAAGGAUGGACCAGGCAUCAUUGAUAUCGUGCGUGCAUUAGGGCAUGAACGGACGAUUGCAAGGUUAAAUGCUGCGAAGGAUUUAAAGGAUGUCAAGGAAAGUGCAAGUUGAAAUAAACCCCGACCGGUAGCUUUCGAGGGACAGCUUCGAAGCUGUCGGGAUAUCAACUGAGGAUGUAUCAGGAAUUUGACGUUGAACUAUAAGUACGGUAGCUGAAGAAAAAAAAAUAACACACAUCUCCAUUCAGGAACCUUUUUCGCAGUUCUCGGAUCGUAUCAGUUUUUGGCCGACCUUGUCAAAAAGCAUGGUCCUGUAUGAGCUCUGUCUAGGGACCGACUGUGUAGUAAAACUACCUUUCUUCCGUGGUGUACGAGCAUCUCGGUCGGCACAUUGUUCCUUAAGUAGAUUGAGGACCAAUCCCUGGAACUGAAACACGCAGAACAUACUUUGGGAACGAUCGCACACUGAAAGUGGCGCAUGUGCAUGAGUAUGCAGAAAUAAAAUAGAUAUG